AGUUGAAAAUAUGGCCAAAACUGAGCUUCUAUUUUCGCCAGUGGCACUUUUAAUUCAAAAACCAUGUAUUAUCUUGAUUUCUGCAUUUUUCCAACAAAAUAUAGACUGAAUCCUUUCAUUUGGCACAUUGGUAGUUUUCAUAGAAUUAUUAAUUAUUUUUAUAAAAAUUGUUUUCCUUAGACUGGCCAAAACCGGUGCUCGUACCCUACGAUUCGCCCGAUUAAAAUUGAGAAUCCAUAGAAUCGGCUAGUUGGUAUGUUGUUGUAGGUCAAUUUAGUUUGUGUAAAUCUUAUCAACCGACAAAUCCGUCAACUUGACCUGGUUUCAUCGGAACACCCUAGUAAAUCUGGCGAUUAAUCGAUUGAUCCCUGUGUUAAGCUCCCAUGAGCGUCGGUGCAAAAAUCGACCAAUGUUUCAACAGACUUUAUCGGGAAAAUGUUUAAUGGGUUACUUUAAUACCGAAGCAGUACCUCAUUAAUAUUUUUUAUUACAGAAAACGGCACUCGAUCAACAAACAAAAAUCGGCGUUUACUACGAGCCUUUUGUUGGGCAACGUGGUGUUAAAAAAGCAAUAACUGUAAACGGAUACAUAUUUCACCUCGACAAAUCAGUAGGUGAAAAAAAAUUUUAUAAAUGUGCUGAUACGCCCGGAUGUCGGGCAAGAUUCAAAAUAAGCGGUCAAACUGGCACAUAUACAAAUGCUAACCAUUCACAUCCCGAUCACAGUGUCACCAUCGCCAAGGCGGAGCUGAGGAGCGCCCUGAAAGAGGCGAGCACCCGCAGCUUUGAAGGGUAUAGGGCGAUUUUCGAUGCUGUGUGUAAUUUGCCAGAACAUCGUGAUGCAGCUUCGAAACUCUCGUAUUCAGAAGUUCAACAUAUGAUGCGGAAGGCGAGAAGUACAUGCUUCCCCCCAGUUCCGUCAACAGUGAGCGAAUUCAGCGAGAUUAUGACAUCUGACAAAGCCGCCGGGUUCCGUUCAAUUGACGGGGAUCCGUUUUACUACGGUUCUACAGGAGAAGCGGGGAAUCAAACGAUGUUCUUCAUUGUUCCAGCCACAAAGAAUGCCCUCCGUGUGGCAGCGGAGACAACUUUAUCCUUCGACGGAACUUUUAAAACAAAGCCUGCGAUGUUUGGGCAGCUGUUUAUGGCAUACGCCAAAGUGAACGAAAAGAUCCAUCCUCUAGCGUUCAUGCCUGCAGAGAAUGAACACCCGACAACCGAACAAUAUAAGAACAUAUUACAGAGGGUUAAGGCCGAGCUUGGUACGGUGAAAGUUACAGUUACGGUGAGCGAUUUCGAGAAGCCCCUCAUAAACGCUUGUCGGGAAGUGUUUUCGCAGGCAACUCACCAGGGAUGUUUAUUUCACUUUAAGCAGGCCGUGAAACGAUACAUUGUGGUUAAGGUCGGCGUACACCCAACAUCAAAAGAUUAUAACGUUUAUCGGAUGGCUUUACAACUCCCACACCUACCGGCAAAUAAAAUGAUGGAGGGUGUGAAAGUUGUAACUGAAUAUAUAAAGAAACAUACCGAGGAUGUCGAGAAGGCCGAAGAUUUUGGCCGAUAUCUGCGGCUGCAGUGGCUACGGAACAUCAGCCCAUUAAUCUACUCUACCUAUCGUUCCGAUAUAACAACCAACAACGUAGCCGAGAGUUACCACUCCUUGCUGUUGCGCGAAGUGGGAGUGUCGCCGUCUCCGUGGGUGUUUGUAGAAAAAAUAAUUGGAUUAUCUAAAACAGUGGCACUAGAGAUUAGCAGAGGAGAUCAGGCGCUAAUGUACAGACGGCAGCAGAGUGAACGGCAAAAAGUGGUCCAACUGUGUACGGCGGCAUUCGAUGAGGACGGUGAUGUGCAAAAAUUUUUGCUAUCUUUAAAUGAUAGCAAGAAAAAUAUCGAAUGUUGCAGCAUGCAGAUGGCAGACAAUGAUCUCAUCAUUGCUUUAGAUGUAUGCGUAUCAUGCACGAAGUAUGCAGCGAUAACCUUACAACCUUGCAUGCACAAACCUUAUUGUGGAACCUGCGUCUGGCCGGCCCUUGCAUCUAACAAGCUAUGUCCUCUUUGUUCGGCGCCAUGGUCCGGUAUCCUGAAAGACACCGAAUAGCAUUGCCCUCUGUUCCCAUCAUCUUUAUGUCAGCGUUCUUAGUACAUCAAUUGCUACAGAUUUUUUUAAUACAUACCUAAUAACAGCAGAUUAUUAACAAAAAAUAACACGCGGAGGAAGAUGGAUUGGAUGAGACGGUUGAUAACUCCGAAGACAAUAGACUAAAAUCACUAAAAUAGUCCAACUCAGGACGACGACGAUGACCAUCCAAACAUGGUCAACUUCGAAAGACCGAAACGUAGAACAUGCCGUCGAUCGAGGAAGUUUGAAGUACGAUAGAAGACUACGAGAACUUGGUCACUAACAAGAAUCAGCGCGUCUGGGCUAUCCUGCAGAAGGAGGACGCCAAAGUUUCGAUGUUUAUGAUGAUGGUGCCGUUCAAAUGGUGAGUGUUUACUGAAGAUAAUCUCAAUCUUGAGACAGAAGAACGGGAAGAGAAGGAACCUCCACCAUCUCCAAAAUACAAGCCGAGUCGCUCACGGAUAAAGACUCAAAAGCGAGACAAUGACAUGAACAACAAUGAAAACAAUGAACAACAAUGACGAUGAUAGUACGAAUUAGAGCAGAUAGAGUUCUUGCAGCGCGAAGAAGAAACUGAAAGUUCCGAUGCUGAAGAUCAAGUUCGAAGGACUGAAGAAGAACCUCAGCCACACUGGUCUCCUCCGAAGCCAGUCUACGGACCACCGAAACCUACCUACGUCAUUCAACCAACAUAGCCUUCCCUCCGAAACCAGUCAAUGGAUCUUCGAAGCCCGUCUACGGACCACCGAAACCGAUCUUCACCGCUCAGCAGACCUUCGGACAUCACUCCUCUGCUCACGUUCCCCAACCCCAGCAGAGAUCGAAUGCGACGGAUGGAAUUCGAUUGCCGGCCCAGUUGACCAGGAUCCACCCAACCAGGUAGAAAUCCACGCUCCGGAAUUCUCGUAUGGACCUCCUCCCAGCGAUGACUUCCUUGGUGACGGUCAUCAACAAAUCUCUGGUGGCGACAUUGGUCUUCAACUGCCUCGUUUGAAUCCGGGACCGUCGUUCAACAGCGACCUCAACCUGUACGGCGGACUAGAACAGCGAAAGGGAAACAGCUGAAAGUUAUUCGAGCUUCAUCUCUGACUCUUAUGGAGCACCACCGCUCGAUUUGUACGCCCCAGGUAGCUACAAGCCAUCGUUCGUGAAGCCACUACCUCUACGGACCACCGAAACCUACCUACGUCAUUCAACCAACAUAGCCUUCCCUCCGAAACCAGUCAAUGGAUCUUCGAAGCCCGUCUACGGACCACCGAAACCGAUCUUCACCGCUCAGCAGACCUUCGGACAUCACUCCUCUGCUCACGUUCCCCAACCCCAGCAGAGAUCGAAUGCGACGGAUGGAAUUCGAUUGCCGGCCCAGUUUACCAGGAUCCACCCAACCAGGUAGAAAUCCACGCUCCGGAAUUCUCGUAUGGACCUCCUCCCAGCGAUGACUUCCUUGG